AAGUAUUUUACACACACCACAUGAUUUCUUCUCUUUUGUCAACACAAAAUAAAUAUAAAUACAAAAAUCGACAUGAUUUAAUUUCUUAAAAUAAUAAAAUAAUUAUGAACUAAUUCCAAGAUGGAGCAAAUUGUCGUUGACGUUGGCGAUUUUUCGACAUCCAUGGCACAUCUAAUUUUAAGUAUUAAUGUAUUGUUAAAAUCUACCUGCGAAAUUGAAGAACAAUUACGACAAUGUUUGCAACAAUUGAUUGACGACGACUUCCCAAAUAUACAAAAUAAGUUGGGUCUUAUCCAAUCUUAUCAUAAAGAAAAUGAGGAUAAGGUUAGCAUUAAAUCAGAGGAAGACGAUGAAAGAAAUGAGGAGAUGGAGGAAUCUUUCGAUUGGAUCGUUAUUCCAAAUCUGGAAAAACCAGAUAAUCUAGAGGACGAAUUUGAAAAUACGCCAGAAACGACCAGCAGGAUAGAUGACGACGACGACGAGAAUUACGACUCGCAAAAUCUUAACAAUUCCUCCUCCGACGAUCACAUUCCCGAAGAAAAGAUUACAAAACUAAGAAAACGGACACCACGUGCCAACCUAAAAACGAACAAAUCAAACACUCCAAUUAAACGGAAGGGAAAUCCCAACAAUGAAAAAAAUCUAGAGCCCGACGACGACAAUUUCGACCCACAAAAUUUGCAUAAUUCCUCCUCCUCAGACUCCAUUCCCGAAGAAAAGAUUACAAAAUUAAGAAAACGGACAUCUCGUACCAACAUAAAACCGAACCACUUAAAAACUCCAAUUAAACAGAAAAUAAAUCCCAACAAUGAAAAAAAUCUAGAGUGGGACGAGGACGACAAUCUAGACCCAUUAAAUUUGCAAAAUUCCGACGACGAUGACUACAUUCCAGAAGAAAAGGUUAAAAAACCAAGAACCCGGAAACCUCGCGACAACCCAAAAACCAAGAAAUUAAAAACUCCAAGUAAACAGAAGAAACAUCCCAACUGUGAAUCGCUCCUGUGCCAAAAUUGUGGAAAAUCGUAUCGAAGCAAGUAUUAUCUCGGGAUACAUAUGGCAACUCACGAUGCAAAUUACAUCCCCGGACCAGGAUUUGAGUGUGACACGUGCCAUAAAUCCUUUCCCUAUCAAGUGAGCCUUAAGAAACAUAAAAUCGCUGUGCACGGUGAAGGACCCAAACUGCUCUGUCCGCAGUGUGGGGCGCUCUUUAAACAUCCCGAUGUGCUGAGAAGACAUGUUCUAAAUGUCCACGAACAAGUCCGACCGCAUGUGUGCCCCAACUGCCCGAAAAGUUUCAAGAUGAAGACACAUCUUCAAUAUCAUUUAAAAACCCAUGACCCCCAAAGUACUGGAAGGAGGAAAGAAAGGAGUUUAAAUUUAGAGCGGAAAGGUAUUAACCCGGUGCGUUGCAAGUUUAAUGCGGAUGAAUUUUCGACAACCAGUUAGACAAAUAAACUGUUGGUGUUUGACAUGCUGCUUUACAAAUUUAAGGAAACGUAUUUUGUAAAAGUUUAAUUUUACGCAGAGUAAGUUUGUAAGUAAAAAUAAUAAAUUAACAAAAUGAUAAUGACAAAAGAGCUGGACUGGAGUAUAAUUAAUAAAGAAAUAAAAAUAAUAUUGAGUGUA